GCUGUAGUGCCAAUAGGGGUGGAGUUUUGGAGCACCUCUUUGGCAGCUCCAAAACCUCCUAUUUUGAACCUUCUCAUAGAGUUGGUGGGUAAUUACCCACCAAUACCACUCGUUACAGGAAAAAAAAUGCUUCAUUCUUUUCCUCCGAGACUCCGCCGCGCCUCUUCUGCCCCGCCGCUAGUGCUUCUCUUGGUCGCGCGCCUCCGCCGCACCAGCGCCACCCGUCGAUGUGGCCCCUCCCUCCCUCACACCGCCGACUGCCAUGGCCCCUUCCUCCCCGUAGGACGCACCGCUGUCCCCACCCCUAAGGCCGCUGACGCCACCUCAAGGCCACCUGCCUCCACCGUCGGACCAGGCUGAAGCCGGGCGGUGGGGAAUGAGGGCGGGCGGCGGGGAGGUGGCAGCAUCGCAGGGGAGCCAAGAGGCAUAGCGGCCUCGAGGCAACUGGCGGGGAGCGAACCCCAAGUCCCCAAGACCAAGAUUUGCUCCGAUCCUCUCUUUAUAUCCUCCCCUGAGGCCCUGAUCUGCUGUGCCUCUCCCUCUCAGGAGUGAAGUGACAGCGAGCUCGAGCUCAUUGCGAGGUUGGUAUGGGUUGGCGUUGUUGGGACGAAAGGAAUGGAGCGGCGGGUGGAGCUUGACCUGCUGCAGCAGGAGAAGAAGGGGACGAAGAGGAAGCGCGAGCGGGUGGAGCUACGGCGGAUCGAGGACCGGACCAGCCGGCAGGUGCGCUUCUCCAAGCAGCGGAACGGGCUGUUCAAGAAAGCCUACAAGCUCUCCGUGCUCUGCAACGCACAGGUCGCGCUCGUCAUCUUCUCCCCCGCCGGCCGCCUCCAUGAGUUCACCUCCGCCGACUCCAGACUACAAGAGUGAGCAUUCAUUCAUAACGGCGUCGUGGGGGUGGUGGUCGACGGAGAGGCUCAUGAUGGUGGGGCUCGUGGCUUCUCUGCGGGGAGGCCAUGGCUCGUUCAUUUCCUCUUCGGGUCCAUCACCAUGGCA